AUGCAGGAGACUACAGUGAGCGGUGACCCGCGCCUGGAGGCCCUCACCAUCAUCAUCACCAUCACCACAGUGAAGAACACCCGCCCGGAGCUUGGUCCAAUGAGCGGCGGGGGUGUUGUGCCUGAUGAGCAGCCUGAUGUCUUGCAGCCUGAUAUUUUGCAGUCAUAUAUCUUGCAACCAGAUAUCGUCAAGGCAGAUAUCAUCCACCCAUAUAUCUUGCAACCAGAUAUCGUCAAGGCAGAUAUCAUCCACCCAUAUAUCUUGCAACCAGAUAUCGUCAAGGCAGAUAUCAUCCACCCAUAUAUCUUACAACCGGAUAUCUUCCAGGCAGAUAUCAUCCACCCAUAUAUCUUGCAACCAGAUAUCGUCAAGGCAGAUAUCAUCCACCCAUAUAUCAUGCAACCAGAUAUCGUCAAGGCAGAUAUCAUCCACCCAUAUAUCUUGCAACCAGAUAUCGUCAAGGCAGAUAUCAUCCACCCAUAUAUCUUGCAACCAGAUAUCGUCAAGGCAGAUAUCAUCCACCCAUAUAUCUUGCAACCAGAUAUCGUCAAGGCAGAUAUCAUCCACCCAUAUAUCUUACAACCGGAUAUCUUCCAGGCAGAUAUCAUCCACCCAUAUAUCUUGCAACCAGAUAUCGUCAAGGCAGAUAUCAUCCACCCAUAUAUCUUGCAACCAGAUAUCGUCAAGGCAGAUAUCAUCCACCCAUAUAUCUUGCAACCAGAUAUCUUGCACACAUUUAUGCAACUGAUGAAGGUACGUGGAGGUGAAAGACCUAUACGUUCUGAAGAGAAACUAGAGUUUCCCUUCACGUGGGAAGUUCACGUUCCCUUCACGUCACGAAAGCACGUGUGGAGGCACGUGUAG